AUGCUUUGUUUGGAAAAACUCCUUAAAUAUUCACCAUUCAUUCGUCGUCUUCAUGCAACAGUGGCUUUCAUUGAAGAAAAUGCCGAGAUCUAUUCUCGAGCUUCAAUGUUUUCAACAGUUCAGUAUUUGUUUCUUUCAUGGGAAUAUAUUCCUAUUCAAGAUAUCAUUCGAUUCUGUCAGACGAUGCCCUGUUUAAAACAAUGUACGUUAAAUGCUGCAGAUUAUCGCGACGAUCAAGAUCUAUUUGAUCCAAGCACAUGGCAACAAUUUAUUGAACAUGAUCACAUUAUGCUCACAAACGUUCAAGUCAAUAUGUCACGUAGACCAUCCCAUGAUUCUCAUCGUAAUUCACACUGGAUUUCGUUGAAUCAUGACCCCUACUUUCGUGAAAUCAAUUUCCAGUUCGAGAAGGACCCUUGGGGAAAUAUUAUUCUCAAUGGUAACUAUGUGAAGUCAAUAUGA